AAACAAUGAGUUCAAAAAUACACUUAGUUGAUGUGGAAAAAGAUGCUUUCUCAAAUGCUAUUUCUGAGAUUGAAAUUCUGAAGAGAAGAAAGAAAGAAGAAAUAGAGAAACAACAAGUUCUUGAAAUACAGGAACUUGAAAAAAAGAAAAUAUAUGCUCAAGCAGCUGAAUCUGCUGUCUCUAAACCUGCUGUCUCAAAACCUGCUCAAAAUCCUGAGAAAACUGAGAAGAAUACUGCUCAUGCCUCUAUUCAUAGAAAAGUGGAAAAGAAAAUGCAAAAAGAGAAAAACUUUCAAAUCUCCAGAAAUAGAAGACUCAUUCUCAAAGUCUCAAACCAGGACAUUCUGCAAAGAAACAAGCUAAACUCAAAUCUCAUUUUCAGAAUCAGAAAUGAAAUUAAUCAGCAGUUCUUUUCUCAGUUGAUGACUGAUAUUGAAGUUCAAAAACCAGUUAUAGCUUCAAUUGAGCCAUCAUUCUUUGAAAACUCCAUCAUUCUGACUACAAUGCCUGAAUUCAGUGCUGAAUUCCUUAUUCAGAAUGAGAAUCUCUGA